GUGUAUGUGUGGGUGUGUGCGUGUGAGACCGGAGAUUUCGUCCCCCUUCCCCCCUCCUCUAUCUCUCUAAUCACCCCUCUCCCUUACCCCUACUCUUACCGCUCUCUUCCCUCCCCCCUUCUUUCCGCCGUCGUCGGCGCGCCCGAGGCAUUUGUGCGUGCUGUGGUGCGUGUGCGUGUAUGUGCAGAGCCAGUGGUGGGCGUGGUGGAGCGACGGUGGCGCGGCCGCCCGCCCGCUCGCGCGGCGCUGGGUGCGGGCCCGAUCCCGUGUGUCCUUGUUCGGCUGGGAUAAAAAAAUACCCCCCGGGGGGCGUGCGUGCAGUGCGUGCGUUCGUGCGUUCGUGCGUUGCAUUUUCAAAAAGUGCCGUGCAGUGCACACACCUGCGCGCGCGCUUGUGCGUGUGUUGGAUGGAUGUGGUAGGUAGCCAAGAGUGGGAAUUGGUUGCGGCGUGGCCACGGAUCCGGGUCGUUCGUUCGUCCUCGUUCGUCUCACUCUCCCCUACCCCACUGCCGCGCUACCGCUGCCGUGUCGCCGUCGCCGUCGCCAUCGCCGGAAUCCCGUCACGGCUGCCGCGCCAGCCGGACGCGUUGUUGUCCUUCUCAGUACAUCCGUAUUCGUUUGCCGCAGCCGACUGGGGCGCUGUUAUUGCUGUUGUUGCUACUGGCGGCGCCUUCGAGCUGCUUCCGCUUCGUUGUCGGGCUCGCGUCGGCGAGGUGCAGGUCGAUGUCUACGACGAAGGAACCGUCGCCUUGGGUCGAUCGCGCGCUGUCGGUCCGCUCGUGGUGGUGAUGUCGUAGCGUCGUCGAUCGUUGGGACUGUUGUCGUUGGUGUUGGUAUUGAUGUUGAUGUUGAUGUUGAUUGUGAUGCUGUUGACCUUGGUAGUGGUUGUGGUGAUGGUGGUUGUGAUGGCUGCUGGGCUGGUGUCGGUGGUGGUUGUGGUCUUGUUGGCGUUGAGCGAC